AUGAGCGUCGUCAGUUGCAGCCCAAAAUGCUUUGAGAUCUACGAGGCCAUACGCAAAAGCAAAGAGUAUCGUUAUAUUAUCUUUCGCCUCGUUUCCGAUGCCGUUGUCGAUGUGGAGACCGUCGGUCCGCGGGACAACGACUAUAACCAGUUCCUAGAGGAUCUCACUCGCAAUGGACCCAUAGAAUGUCGCUAUGGAGUGUUCGAUCUGGAAUACACCCAUGUGUGUUUGGUAACCAAACAGGAAAUAAAACGAGAGAAAUUGGUGCUGCUUUGCUGGUGUCCCAAUGAAGCCAAGCCCAAGGGAAAAAUCCAAUAUCUGAGCUAUUUGCGACAAUUUAUGGAUCAGUUAAAGGGCGUUCAGUAUUAUAAAACUGUUCGCGAAAAACUGGAGCUGUCGCGCGAAGCCAUCGAGGGAUUUUUUCGUGGCAAACAUCCAAAGCAUUAA